AUGCCAGCGGGUCGCAGGAGCCCGUAUUCGGUUUGCACAUCGCGUGGGAACUGGGCGUUCGACUUCCGCAUCAAGAAGAAUGAGGGCGUGUGCGGUGUCUGUUGGUCGCCCAUCGAUGUUCCCAAGUCCAAGAAUGGUGGUCAGGGUGACGGGCCUCCAUGGCGCGAUGGGCCACGUCAUGGACGACCUGGGCAAGCUUUCGACACGUCGGCUCUCCUCGCGAUGCUAGCACCUUGCCCCGCCUUCAAGUCCGACCCCACGGCCGUCGAGAAGUUGCAGUCCCAGAAUUCUCAGUACCAGAAGAGUCUGGCCAAGCCGAAGGAACCGCGCGGAGAGGCCCAGCAGCUCUACCGCGCGAUGGAGCAGAAGCGCGCAGCUAUGGAGUCGGCAGCGGAGCGAGCCACGGAGCUUCAGCAGGCUCUGGAGCGUGCCAAUGCCGACGUCGCCAUCGCAUCUCAGCUGUUCCUGGAGGCGGAGUCCAAGCACAAGUCUGCUGUCAAGAGGCUUGCGCAGCAAGCCGAAGUUUCUACGCAGAAGGAAGGGCGCGCCACCGACGGCAAGCGCAUCCUCUCUGCCUUCGACGAGUCCCUCUUUUCGGACCUUUCGGACAUCGACGGCGAGGCGCAGGCGCAGCUCGCACAGAUCGAGGCUGACAUCAAGGCCAAGGUUGAGGAGGUUGCCAAGUUGCAGGCAACGGUCCUGGUGGCGGCGGCGAAGGCCAAGGAGAUCAGGGCUUCACCGCCCAAGCGUUCCAGGAUCGACGAAGAGGGUGCCGCAGCCGUGGGCACAGGGGCGCAGUCGGACGCCGAGGAGGCUGCCUCUCCGACCGAUGUUUCCCCACCGGCCGCUGAGCAGGCCGAGCCCACUGUGGAGGAGGCGGCAGUCAAAGAGCAAGUCAAGUCCGCGCUGGCCCAGGCAAGGAUAAAGGUCGAGGGCAAAGCUGCUGCUGGCCUCGGUCCUCGGCUUGCUGCUUCUAGUGGGGCCGCUGCUGCGAGGUCUCGCUCCCGAUCGGCAGCCGACCUGGCAAGUGUGCACUUCCAGUGCCAGUACGACCUCUUUAUCAUCGGCUUCCCAGGGUGCCUUAUCCCUGGGGAACCCUACAUCAUGCACUACGGCUGCGGCUGCUCUGGUGAAUGGCGUUGCAAAUGGUACCUCGACCUCGCCGAUUUCGAUUGCGGCGUUUGUCCUGGCUUGUGGCACACUAGAGUUGGCAAUUAUUUGGUGGUGGCGUGUUACCUUCUCCCCGGGCACAAGCUGAGAGGAGAUAAUGAGAAGACUCUAGUACGGUUGGCUGGCUUUCUGAAAUUGAUCAGAGAUCCUUGGAUUCUUGUUGGCGACUGGAAUGUUACCCCUGCUGAGUGGGACACCACCGAUUGGAUUGCGAAGCUCGGUGGACAGCUGAAGGUACCCAUUGACGGGCAGGUCACGUGCAACAGAGGUUCUGGCACCCUGAUCGACAAUGUGAUUGCGUCCACCAAAGUUGCGGAUGCGCUUCGUGUCAACAUUGUGCCACGCGUUCCAUGGAAGACGCAUGCAGGUCUCCCCAUUUCGUUGAAGGCGGGUAAAGUCAGUUGGUGGAUUCGCACGUUGUCGAUCGCCAGACCGCCGCCCACCGUUUCCAAACCUCGACGGCAGCCAGACCCCGACAGUAAGAGGCAGAAGAAGAUUACUGAGCCUAAGCAGAAGCGACGCGAGCAGUUAUCGGUGGCCCUUCAAGAUGCCUUCGACGAGCUAUACCCUGAGAAGGAUUUUCAUCCCAUCGACUCGACGCCUUUCGCCAUCCCGUUGGAUCUGCGGCGGGAAGUUCGUGCCCAGCCUUACGAAGGGCGGCCCGUGCAUCGUCCUCGUGUGGUGCAAGAUGCUGACCCUGUGGCUCGUGAUGCGCUCUCUGUCAUGUAUGGUGAGUGGAUUCAGGCUGUUGAGAACGCUACGAUGCUGCGCCGCGAUGUCCAUGAGGAAGAUCGUUCGGAGUUCUGUGGGAGAGCGAACGGAUACGAUUUCAGUUGGUCUCAGUCGCGAUCGACUCCUGGGCGGGCGCAUCUUCGAGACCAGCACUUGGAAUGGUGGGAGCUUUGUACCGCGCUUAUCCACAGGUACGUGCUGCUCCGCAGAGCUGGGAAGGCCCAGGAGUUGGAGUCGUGCGUCUGCAAGCUUGACGAGCUGCUUGAGUCCGCUUCUGCCAUUGACUUUCCGUUCGACAAGGAUCCUGAUUGUGAUUGGGCUGGUUGGUUUGGCGCUGUUUCCAACAUCACUGAUGCUGACGACCUUGAGCUCCAGUCGCUCAUGGAAGCCGCCGACAAGUAUCGAUCCAGAGCUGUCGGCCAAGCUCUCUCCAAGGCGCGUAGAGGGCAUCAGUCGUGGGUAUUGAAAAUGUGGAAGUCUUCCCCUGGAGUGUUACACCGUCAUGUGAAGGGAGACCUGAAGGUGAAGCCCGCGGAGCUCACACGAGGCAAUGAUAUCUACGCCACGCCCAACAACAUGAUGGACUUGCGGGCUGAUGAAUGGAGUGACGUCUGGAGUGAUCCCAAGGCCGAUCUGGACAAAGUUCGGGCAGGUUUCAUGCACUUAAG